AUGCAAACAAUGACUCAAUUAUGUAUAUAUUUCAAUUAUAUAGAACUUAGUGGUUUCUCAUUCUUUUCACCCAGAAAUAUAAGAGAUAAUUAGCAUCUCAUUCUUAAAUCAACAACAACUACUCACUCUAAAAAAAGGAAACUGAUCUUUCCAAAUAAUAAAAAACAAAAAA